CCAAAUCACAUGAGCUGCCAGAUCUACCUUAGGUUCACACUUUUUAGCUGCCACAGCUACACCUAUCAAAACGAGGGCAGUAAAACCUUGGGUAGGGUAGACAGUCAAUGCCAAGUCAAAGGGUCCAGCCCAGCCGCCCCGGGCGGGCGGCGUUCCUCCUGAAAGGAACCGUACCGUACCGUUCCUACCGUUCGAACCGCCAAGCUUUUGCGGCGACGGCUGUCUCGACGAGUUGGCUGGCGUCUCAAACUCUCCCUCCACCCCCCGUUCAUUCCCGCCCCUUGGCUGGAGCCUUGGGUCCCUUUAGAAACGACAACCUCUCAUCUGGCCUGACGCCGACUACAACUUCAGGUCAUCGACCAAGGUCGUACGGGUUGUAUACGCCCUUAUUUCUAGUAGGACUUGUGUGUGACUUUUUUUUUUUUUUGGUUCUCCCAGUAGUGCCAUACUAACGAAGCCGACGUAAAUCAUAAACCACCAAGGUUUUGACUACAAACGCAUGAUUUUACUAGCGUAGGAAAAGCAGAAGCCCAUACCUCGAAAAUCUGCUCAACGCCAGGCCUCCGGAAGCCGAAAAUGGGCAAUCGAGCCUAUUGCCUCUGCUUUGCUUUGCCCUUUGUGCGUCUUCCAAGUUUCGCCAAGGGGAGAUGGAAGGAAAUACCGGAAAAU